AUGAAUAAUUAUCCAUUUGGGUCGAUUAGCCCUAAUAAGUCAUUUCAUGCUUACGCAAGAAGUGGUGAUUUUGAUUUAGAAUCAGGAACUAUCAGAAAAUCUAGAAAGUCGAAGAAUUCGUUUGCCAAAAUGUUCAAAUCUCUAGGGAAUCGCCUUCACCACUUGUUCAAAUUGCAUCCGAUUCUCGUUUGCAUCGUUGUCCUCUCGUUUGGGAUCACAGUAUUGAUAUUUGUAUCGUCGAUUUACGAUAACCAAAUUCGAUCAACGGUAAUUUAUAAGAAGAACGAUUUGGUGGACAACGAUGUUUAUCCAUUUGCCAAGCUGAGAAACCUUGUGAUGGUGGCUGGACAUUCUGUUUAUACGAGCAGUGAUUGCGGUAAAGUCGAUAAAGAGGAUUCGUGGUUCUUGGAGUCUUAUCAGAAGAAUCCAGGUCAAGCUGCAACAUUCUUGAGUCAUAUACAAGAAGGUGUUAAAGCUGCAGCUAAAGAUGAUGAGUCUUUGCUUCUAUUUAGUGGAGGAGAGACUCGCAAAGACGCUGGACCUCGUAGUGAAGCUCAGAGUUAUUGGGCUGUUGCUGAGUCUAAAGGAUGGUUCGGCAAGGAUGAGGUGAGGUCGAGGGCAUUAACGGAAGAGCAUGCCAGAGAUAGCUUUGAGAAUCUGCUCUUUAGCGUGUGUCGAUUCAGAGAGCUCACAGGCUCUUACCCACAGAACAUAACAGUAGUGAGUUAUGAUUUUAAAGAAGAGAGAUUUGCGCAUUUGCAUCGUUCAGCAAUGGGGUUUCCAGAAUCAAGAUUCUUCUACUUAGGAACCCCAUUUUCACUUUCAUCCAAAGAAGGCGCUCUGAAAGGUGAGGCUAUGGUUAGAUCUCAGUUUCAAGAAGACCCAUAUGGAUGUGUUGGUUCGCUUUGGCGUAAGAAGCUGAAGCGUGACCCUUUCCACCGGACUAUACCUUACCCUAAUGGUUGCCCUGAAAUUAGAGGAUUGUUCAGGUACUGUGGUUCGGCUCCUUUUCCUGGCUCUCUCCCAUGGGAUUGA